CCACGCAGAGACCUCCUCCCCUCUCUGGUACGGGCGCUGCGCCUUGUGCACCUCAGACUGCGCUCCCCGGGCAGCAGCGCCCUACAGAGCCGCUGUCAGGAGCUAGUCCUGGUAAGGCAAAGGAUUUGAGCAAGGCACUGGGAAUGGAGACGAGAGAGAAUCCGCUGCCUCCCUCUCCCCCCACCUCUUUCUCCACAGAAACAUGAAAGAGUACAGGAAGUCCUGCAUGACCACAAUGAAUACCUGUGCUAAUUAAGUCACUGGCUGGUACUGGGAGAACAGCGAGAUAUCCACAUUUCUAGAGAGCAGAAAUGACCAUGACUGCCAACAAGAAUGCCCAUGUCAACAGCAAAGCUGGAGGGAGUAAAGUGCCUCAGGACGCUCUGGAUAGGUGUCACUCCGUUUCUCCACCACCUCUUUUGUCCCCACGAAGAAGCCCAGCCUACCCCCUCAGCGACAGUGAGGACUCCUGCCGCUCUACUCGGCUCACCAAGGUCUCCAACUCCAGACUGCGCCUCAAGGACUGGAGCAGCCGUACGUCUGCACUACGAAGCACCUCCACAAGCGCAUCAGACACCGACUCCCCCAGCCACCCUCUUAAAGCCAUCAGUGUGGGUGCUUUGGAUAAAAGGUUGUCUGUGUUCAAGGCUGAGGACCAAAAGGAGAGUCCAAAGGAGGCUCAAGAUGGGGAAGCCAUAGGGAGCCAUUCACUCACCCGGAGCACCCUGUCCUUGGGCACUGCCACCAACUUGAGGAAUCUCUCCCUCAGCCGGGCAAGUGUACGCUCCCAGGCACUGGACAUCAGGCAGAAGAUCACAGAAUGGGAGUGCCGCCAGGAGCUGUCCCCCAGGAUGAGCGCAUGUGUGGACAAGAGGGAUGCUGGGGAGAGGUCAGGCAGUGACAGCUGCCCUAGCGUGCUGACCUCUCCCUGCAGUGAGAAGACGUUUGAUUUCAAAGGGCUCAGAAGAAUGAGCAGAACAUUUUCUGAGUGUUCUUACCCAGAAACAGAGGAGGAGGAACUGCUGGACAGGGAUUCCUGCCAUCGGUUUGAAAAGAGAUCCGGCAGGAGCGAGACUCCUGCUGCUGCUUUCCUCAAGGGCCAUGUGAGGAAAGAGUCCUCUGCUGUGCUCAACAGAAUACAGAAGAUCGAACAGGCACUGAAAGAGCAGCCCGGCAGAGGCCUCCCCCAGUUACCAAGUAGCUGUUAUAGUGUUGAUAAAGGGAGGAAAAAAUCUGUGACUCUGAGUACUGUGGAGGGACUGAGUGAAGCCGCAAGUGAUAGCAAAGCAGGGAGUGUUAUUCUGGGGAGUGAACCAGAGACACCUACUGAGACUGAGAAAAGCAGUAAGAUAAAACAGGGGAGUACUGCAAACUCAGCUGGCCCUAAACUGCUCCUUGAAAACCCAGCUAACAGUGCAGUGAACCCUGUCCCCAAGCCCAAACGCACCUUUGAAUAUGAAGCAGACAAAAACCAUAAAAGUAAACCAAGCAAUGGCCUACCUCCAUCUCCUACGCCUGCUGCUCCUCCUCCCCUCCCGUCCACCCCGGCACCCCCCGUGACCAGAAGGCAGAAGAAAGAAUCACGCUUCCAUAGAAAAUCCCAGAAUAGAAAAUCCUUUGAGUUUGAGGAUGCGUCAAGCCUGCAAUCCCUGUACCCUCCCUCCCCAACUGAAAAUGGGACUGAGAGCCAGCAUAAGUUUGGAUCCAAGAGCACUUUAGAAGAAAAUGCCUAUGAAGACAUUGUAGGCGAGUCACCCAAGGAAAACCCAUACGAAGACGUGGAGCUGAAAGGCCGUCACGCGGGCCGAAAACCUCAUCAGCUCUCCGAGAAUUCCCUAGAUUCUUUGCACAGGAUGUGGACGCCGCAGGACAGGAAAUACACAUCACCUCCCCAGCUACCUUCGAAGCCCAGCAGCCAGUCUCUACGCAUCAGCAACUGGUCAGAAAGGAAGAGCCACCGCUUGCCACGGCUGCCCAAGCGGCACAGCCAUGAUGACAUGCUUCUGCUGGCUCAACUUGGCAUUCCCUCCUCCCCUUCCAGCAUCAACGAGGAUAGCCUGAGUACCGCAAGUGAGCUGCUGUCCACACGGCGGGCCAGGAGGAUCCCAAAGCUUGUCCAAAGGAUCAAUUCCAUCUACAGUGCAAAAAGAGGGAAAAAAAGACUGAAAAAACUUUCUAUGUCCAAUAUUGAGACAGCGUCCCUACGAGAUGAGAACAGUGAGAGUGAGAGUGACUCAGAUGACAGGUUUAAAGCUCAUACCCAGCGUUUAGUACACAUCCAGUCAAUGCUGAAGAGGGCUCCAAGUUAUCGAACCCUGGAACUGGAGCUGAUUGAGUGGCAGGAACGGGAGUUAUUUGAGUAUUUUGUGGUAGUGUCGCUGAAAAAGAAGCCCACUAAAAACACUUACCUCCCAGAAGUGACCUAUCAGUUUCCCAAGCUUGAAAGACCAACCAAGCAGAUGCGUGAAGCAGAGGAGCGCCUUAAGGCUAUUCCUCAGUUCUGCUUUCCUGAUGCCAAGGACUGGCUCCCUGUCUCUGAAUACAACAGUGAGACCUUCUCUUUCAUGCUGACUGGGGAAGAUGGGAGCCGGCGGUUUGGUUAUUGCAGGAGGCUGUUGCCAAGUGGAAAAGGCCCUCGUCUACCUGAAGUUUACUGUGUCAUCAGCCGGCUGGGGUGCUUUGACUUAUUUUCCAAGAUCCUGGAUGAGGUUGAAAGGAGAAGGGGAAUAUCUGCUGCCCUGGUUUAUCCAUUUAUGAGGAGUCUGAUGGAAUCUCCUUUUCCUGCACCUGGAAAGACAAUCAAAGUCAAAACCUUUCUGCCUGGAGCUGGAAAUGAGGUCAUUGAGCUUAGGCGGCCCAUGGACUCACGCCUGGAGCAUGUGGACUUUGAAUGCCUUUUCAAGUGCCUCAGCGUUCGUCAGAUCAUCAGGAUCUUUGCUUCUCUCCUGUUGGAGCGGCGUGUCAUCUUUGUAGCAGAUAAGCUCAGCACCCUCUCGAGCUGCUCGCAUGCCGUGGUGGCCCUGCUGUACCCCUUCUCCUGGCAGCACACCUUCAUUCCUGUCCUGCCCUCAUCCAUGAUUGACAUUGUGUGCUGCCCUACCCCCUUCCUGGUGGGCCUAGUCUCCAGCUCUCUGCCCAAACUGAAGGAGCUGCCUGUAGAGGAGGCUUUGAUGGUUAACCUGGGAUCUGAUCGAUUCAUCAGACAGAUGGAUGAUGAAGACACGCUAUUACCUAGAAAACUGCAAGCUGCUCUGGAGCAAGCUCUAGAGAGAAAGAAUGAACUGAUAAAUCAGGAUUCAGAUAGUGAUUCAGAUGAUGAAUGUAACACCCUGAAUGGAUUAGUGUCAGAGGUUUUUAUCCGGUUCUUUGUGGAGACAGUUGGCCAUUAUUCCCUGUUCCUAACCCAGAAUGAAAAAGGAGAACGUGCCUUCCAAAGGGAGGCUUUCCGUAAAUCUGUGGCCUCCAAGAGUAUCCGCCGCUUCUUGGAAGUUUUCAUGGAAUCCCAAAUGUUUGCUGGCUUCAUCCAGGACAGAGAGCUGAGAAAAUGCAGGGCAAAAGGCCUCUUCGAGCAGAGGGUAGAACAGUAUUUGGAAGAGCUUCCAGACACGGAACAAAGCGGAGUAAACAAGUUUCUACGAGGCCUUGGAAACAAAAUGAAGUUCCUUCACAAGAAGAACUAACUCCUUUCUGCUGAAAUGCCAAUCCAAAGACUGUAUUUAUGGCACUGCAUGAGGCACCUGCAGCGUUGCAGAGCUUGGUGCUGGAGGAGAGCAGGGUGAGGUGACUGCAGCCUUACGUGAAGACAAAUGCUGUUAGUGUGCCAGAUGAUGGCUCCUGUAUCUAUUUGGGUAGAAUUUGUACAUAAUGUGCUGUAAGCUUUUGUAACUGAUUUUGUAAUGAGCAAGGAAAACUGUGGUAAAUAUUUGUAUAUUCCUGAGAAUAACAGGUGCUUUUUGUUUCUUUAGUAUGAACUGAGUUAUGCUUGGUGCAAAAAAUGAAUAGCUGAUUAUGUGCAGCUGACUGUCUCAGCAGAACCACUGACUUCAAGGGAUGUUUGUGAGAGCUACACUGAUGCUUGAAUACUGCGAGGUGAAUGAACUUGGGUACGUGGGAGAGGCUGUACGCACAGGGGCUGCUUUCAUGUGGCAGAGUUGUCUGUUUGGGUGUCCCCCUCCUUUUUUUCAUUUUAAUUAAUUUUAAAAGAAAAAUAACAGAGUAACUUGAUAAUAAGGUACUUGGUUCACAAUACAAAACUUUCACUUGGUUUGAAGUCUGGUCAGUAAACUACUUGUAAUCCAUUCUGCACUAAGACUGCUAAACCUGAGGAGAUCUCAGCUCUUUGACGUGCAAGCUGCAAUGAUUAGGUACAGUACGUCCUUUCCUAAUGUAUGUAUGUAUGGUUUCUAAUAAACUCUGUAAAUAUACCUGUUUGUUUAUAUUCAUUGCAAACCUCUGUAGUUCCGAUGUUGAGUAGGUUACAAAACCAGUAACUUCCCUGUGAUUUUUAAUGAAUUUGUAAUUAAAAUAUGAAAUGGUUAUGGACCUGUCUUUUAGUAGGUUUGCUAUUUCAUGGCGUGUAGUCUGAUUUUUCUUUGAUGUUUUCCAUUGGGCUGAGACAAGGCAUUUUACACCCCUGUUCUGGUAACUGUGCCCUAACAGAAGCAUCUUUUAAAACUUUAUUUGUGUGGUUUAGCAGCAAGUUACUUUGUCACUGUAUCACAUACACUGCUCCUCAACUGUGGUAUUUUCAGGUUGGUCUUGUGCUACCUUGGUUAGGUGAUCAAAGUAGAAUAUGAGCAGCUGGAGGCAGACAGGCUCUCCCUUAAUUUCCAAUGAGCUGAUCACCAGCAUUUCACAGGAGCCUGCUUUUCCUUUGCACUUACUGCAGCCUGCUCAGGCAGUGGUUCUGUUUCAGCAGAAGCCCUUCAGCCCGAUGGGAAUGCUGAGCUUGCCAUGGCCAUCUUCACAACUGUGAAUGCUGUCCAAGUACCAGAUUCAUCUUUGAUCUGGUUACACAAUUCCUGUGGAGAUUGUGCAAUGUUUCCCUUAGUCUGAAGAAAAUAUAAAAUACUUGAAUGUAUUUGCAAGUCAAACAGCUAAUGAAAACUAGUUAAAGUUCCCUUUUAAAACCCCAAGCACUAUAUUUCUUCAUUUGCAGUGCAGUUUCUUUAGUUACACUGGCUUUGAGGCUUGCGCAGUUCCUAACCUGACAGUGGUUCUGGUUCGCUAUCAGCCUCAUAGAACAAAAUCAAGGGAUUGUUCACUGAAAAGGUGAAGUCGUUUCCUUUUUCUCUUACUUCCCUCACAUUUGUGUAUGUACAAAAGCUUCUGAAGUGUCUGUGAAGAGCCUGUAAAAUAUCAAUGCUUUUGAUUCAAUAGAACUGUAAUCCAAUGUUAAUUUCCAUUCCUUUCACUGUAAGAUAUGCUGUAAGUUCCAGAAUGAAUUCCAGAUGUAGUUCUUCAGAGUGGAAUGAGUAACUUCAGUUGUACGGGUGGAUUCUGGCCAUUUUACAAACAACAUCUGCUAGUAUAUACAUACUCCUCUGAAGAAAGCAAUGGAUAAAGCAUCAUCAUUGGCUGAAGAAGUGCAGCAGUGAAGAGUUGCCACAAAGGCAAGGAAAAGGCACAGAAUGCUGAUGUACAAGAAUAUAAGCCAGGCCUACUGUGAUCCAGAGGUCUGUUUGAAAGGGUUAGAUGAACCAAAACCAUGAAGUGUUACUUUGCCUUCUGAAAUUUGUUAAAACCAGCGGUGUUCCCAAGGAUGGAGCAUUACUAGCACACCACUAAACUGAGCAGGAAAUCGUGAUGAAAACCAGAUCCAAUGCCCUCUAAAUAGGUAAAGUCUCACAGUAUGAAAUACAUAAAAAACAAGCUUUAGAAUUAAUGAUGCUUCCAAGAAUUGUUACUCUAGUGUGGCAGGUAGUUAAGUACAUAGUAUUUAUUUUCCCGUUGUUACCGAUGUUUAAUAAAGUUACCAAUCUUGCAA